GGAGUGAACGUUCGUGGGCCAUUACUUAUAUUUAUCGAACGCUUGUGUGAAAACUAUUUUAAAAAUAAAUUCAAUAAUUUAUUUGAAUAAAAAACGCAUUAUUAAUUAUAGUGUGUAAUAUUUAAUUUAAAAAAAAAUCUGUGGUAGUGUCGUGAAAAUGUCUACAGAAGGUCAGGCUUUAAAUAAAAGAACGGAAACGGGGUUCCACAAGUCUCCGAAAACAUUGGACAUGAAUGAUGUGGAAAUGGUGUUUGGGACACCUGUGUCACCUCGAGGCAGAGUUCAGCCUGAUGUUCAUCUCAUCUCGAAUGAAAGGACUAAUGGUAGAGACAAGCUUCCAAAGAAUGAAAAGUCAGAUGGAAGCGACGUAACUCCCUCAUCCCCUCUUUUGGAACCGAACAAGGACAGACCCAAGCCGCCACUCGCUGGCCCAGAAAUCGACGACUUGGAAAAUGAGCAGCCGACAGACGCCACACCAUACCCUGGCAUCGACGAUGGUCUUCUUGAACCAAAUAAUAAUAAGCCUACCAUCAACGGAGAAGGCGAGGAUGGAAAAUCAGAUGGCGGUUCUCACCAGACGCACCCUACGCGGGACGACGGUGUCGGCACUGAAGACGGUAAAUGGCCCUGGCCGUCUACCGACGAGACGGACUAUCCUUACGAUUUGAAUGGUUUCGGACCGAGAUUUGGGAUCGACGAUCGGCCCGGCUCGCCGAUGAUGCCUGGGUCGAUCCCAGACGUGAACACGUACCAACAGAAGAAGAAUCUCGCCCAGGGAAUGAUGGACCUCGCACUACUGUCAGCUAAUGCCAACCAACUCCGUUACGUCCUAGAGUCUUCUUCCACACACCCCUAUUACUACCCCAGUCUUACAUUCAUAUCCCUCAGCAUUAUACUUCAGAUCGCAGUAGGCAUAGGUCUUAUUAUGAACAGCCGCUACAAUGUCAAAGACGAUAAGGACAUCUGCAAAGCUGAUAAAAUCAAUAACAUGACAGUAUUGGGCGUCUUCCUCGUCACCAUCGUGAACGUUUUCAUCACCUCGUUUAGUGUCGCAACGCCUACCACGAUAGCAAAUAUGGGGAAUUCAAUACAACAGGCUGGAUAAUAGUUGCAUGACUUACAAUGCGAAAACAAUAAAAGUACAUUUUAUAAAUGCACAUAAACCCAAUUAAAAAAGCUUUUAAAAUAAUAUAAAAAUAGUACUAGCUACCGUCAACUGUGCUGGUUUUGCAAUACUUGUGCUAUCUCUGUAAGGCAAAAAUGUAAAGAGUCAAAAUCUACGGUCUUUGCGCACUAGUGAUAUGAAAGCUAGGGCGUUAAAAAAUGAUACGAUUUCGUGUUGAAAGAUUUUUAAAUGCCGUUAUUUUUUCGACACUAUAAACGCAUAUAAAUUAUCUGUAUUAUUAGAUUAUUAGUUUAAAAAAAAUCUGAUUAACAAAUUCGAUUCCUCAGUCAUUACUUUCCUGUGUUAUAACGUCCACGGGGAAUAAUAUAACGACCAUGUGAUAUAUUUUCAAUAGUAAUAAUAUCAAUCAAUCAAUCAACAGCCAAUCGUUGUCCACUGCUGAACAUAGGCCUCUCCCAAGGUGCGCCAAAGCUCCCUGUCCUCCGCCUUCCGCAUCCAGUUGGUGCCCGCCACCUUCUUAAGGUCGUC